AUGCCUCGAAAUUACCAUAAAAAGGUAGGCGGAAGGACGUAUUCGCAGUACACAUCCGAAACUGUGGCGGAAGCUGUCGCUGCAGUGAGAGAACUCAAGUUUUCACUCCGCGAGGCAUCCCAGCUCUUCGACAUCCCGUACGGAACGUUGUACAACAAACUCCACAGCUUGCACUCGAACCCACCCGGAGGACCAACUGUCUUGACCAGUUCCCAGGAAGCAGAGUUGUGUGAAACCAUCAGGAUUGCCGGAGAAUGGGGUUAUCCCUUAACUCCAGCAUCAAUCCAGAAGCUGGUCAAGGGCUACCUUGAUCACAGCAAAAUCACGACCAGAUUCGUUGACAACAUUCCGGGGGAAGACUGGUUGUCUUUGUUUCUCAAGCGGAACAAAUCAUCGCUGGCGUCUCGCUGGUCCCAAAAUAUCAAGCGUUCCAGAGCGAAAGUGAGCCAUGAAAUCCUCACAUCUUAUUUUGACAACCUGGAGGAGACGCUCCGCGAUGUGCCGGCGGAAAAUAUCGUCAACUACGAUGAGACCAACUUCACCGACGACCCAGAAUCGAAAAAGGUUGUAGUUAUAAGGGAACAAAAGUACGUCGAAAACGUGCUAGACCAUUCAAAGACGUCGUACUCGGUCAUGUUCGCUGGAUUCGCCACCGGGAAGGUAUUAUCAGCUUACGUAGUUUACACUGCGCUGCAUCUGUAUCCGACAUGGACAAUGGGCGGUCCUAAGAAAUGCCGCUACAAACGGACGAAGUCAGGAUGGUUUGACGGUGUCGUCUUCGAAGAUUGGUUCUUCUCUGUUGCUGUGCCUUACUUCCGGAGCUUGAAGAAUGAAAAAGCCAGAGUCAUCAUCGGCGACAAUAUGGCAUCUCAUCUAUCGUACACCGUGAUCAAGGUUUGCCAGGACAACAACAUAAAAUUAAGUCAACUGCCGGCAGGCAAACCUGACAAAGCCGCAUUAGCAGCGGCGGCGUGGGAGUUGGCAAAGUAUUGUUUACGAGUGCGCGAAGUCGUCCUAGAACGGUACGAGGCCGUGUUGGAGCGGGACGAUGCUUCAAUGGGCUGA